AUGGCAGCCUCCUGUGCCUGUGUAAAUGCAUCGGGUUUGGUGCAGAUCCAGUGUCUCUCACUGGCGCAUCGCAAGCUGCUGACCCCAUUCACAUCCUUCAGAUACGCGCAGUCUCCUCCUCCUCUUAUCACAAACCUGCAAGACAGAAGCCAGGGAGCUGGUGUCAGUGCUGGCCUCACGUGCCCAGACCGCUGGAUCGGAUACCGAGGGAAAUGCUACUAUUUUUCUGAGGCCGAAAGGAACUGGACCUACAGCCUGACCUACUGCUCUGCGCUCAGCGCCUCCCUGGCUGAGAUCAACAGUGAGCAGGAAAUGGCUUUCCUGCUGCGCUAUAAAGGCAGAUUUGACCACUGGAUUGGCCUCCAGAGGGACCCUGGGCAGCUCUGGAAAUGGGCCAAUGGCACCAAAUUCAACAACCUGUUUCCAAUAGGAGAAGGAGGAACUGCGCAUAUCUGAACGGUGUGAGUGCGGUCAGCAGCUUGCGAUGCGCCAGUGAGAGACACUGGAUCUGCACCAAACCCGAUGCAUUUACACAGGCACAGGAGGCUGCCGUGGAAGGGGGCUGGUAA